CGCACCAUGCUCAGGUGCAUCCCGCUGUGGCGCUGCAACCGGCACGUGGAGGCGGUGGACCGGCGGCACUGCUCGCUGCAGGCCGUGCCCGAGGAGAUCUACCGCUACAGCCGCAGCCUGGAGGAGCUGCUGCUCGACGCCAACCAGCUGCGCGAGCUGCCCAAGCCCUUCUUCCGGCUGCUGAACCUGCGCAAGCUGGGCCUGAGCGACAACGAGAUCCAGCGCCUGCCGCCCGAGGUGGCCAACUUCAUGCAGCUGGUGGAGCUGGACGUGUCCCGCAACGACAUCCCCGAGAUCCCCGAGAGCAUCAAGUUCUGCAAGGCCCUGGAGAUCGCGGACUUCAGCGGGAACCCCUUGUCCAGGCUCCCGGAGGGCUUCACCCAGCUGCGCAGCCUGGCCCACCUGGCCCUGAACGACGUGUCGCUGCAGGCGCUGCCCGGGGACGUGGGCAGCCUCGCCAACCUCGUGACCCUGGAGCUGCGAGAGAACCUGCUCAAGGCCUUGCCUGCGUCCUUGUCCUUCCUGGUCAAGUUGGAGCAGUUGGAUUUGGGCGGCAACGACUUGGAAGUGCUGCCUGACACCUUGGGGGCCUUGCCUAACUUGCGCGAGCUGUGGCUGGACCGGAACCAGCUGUCCACGCUGCCCCCGGAGCUCGGGAACCUGCGGCGCCUGGUGUGCCUGGAUGUGUCCGAGAACCGGCUGGAAGAGCUGCCCGCCGAGCUGGGCGGCCUGGUGCUGCUCACGGACCUCUUGCUGUCCCAGAACCAGCUGCAGCGGCUCCCCGACGGCAUCGGUCAGCUGAAGCAGCUGUCCAUUCUCAAGGUGGACCAGAACCGCUUGUGCGAGGUGACGGAGGCCAUCGGGGGCUGCGAGAACCUGUCUGAGCUGGUCCUCACGGAGAACCUGCUGACGGCCCUGCCCCACUCCUUGGGGAAGCUGACCAAGCUGACCAACCUCAACGUGGACCGGAACCGCUUGGAGCUGCUGCCCCCUGAGAUCGGGGGCUGCGUGUCCCUCAGCGUGUUGUCUCUGAGGGACAACCGCCUGGCUCUGCUACCCCCCGAGCUCGCCCACACGGCGGAGCUGCAUGUGUUGGACGUGGCUGGGAACCGGCUGCGCAGCCUGCCUCUGGCGCUCACCCACCUCAACCUGAAGGCCCUGUGGCUGGCCGAGAACCAGGCUCAGCCCAUGCUGCGCUUCCAGACAGAGGAUGACGCCCAGACCGGGGAGAAGGUGCUCACCUGCUAUUUGCUGCCCCAGCAGCCAGCGCCUGACCUCGACGCGCCCGGGCCAAGGAGCAGCCCUUCGGGGAGCUGGAGUGACACCUUGCCUGGUCGUGUCAGCGUCAUCCAGUUUUUGGAGGCGCCCCUGGGCGACGAGGAUGCCGAGGAGGCGGCGGCCGAAAAGCCGGGGCUGCAGCGCCGUGCCACACCCCACCCCAGCGAGCUCAGGGUGAUGAAGAGGGGUGUCGAGGAGCGCCGGGGCGAGGCUCACGCCCAGCAGCAGGACCCCAGGCCACCCUCACCCUCGGAAGAGGAGAGGAGGCUGAGCACCUCGUCGGGCCUGAGCGGAGACUCGCACCCCUCUGCCGGCACCUCCUCCCAGGGGGAUGCCGAGGCUGCGCCCGCCGAGGCAGAAUCCGACCCACGGGGAACCCCGCCCGCCAGUCUGGAGGAGGUGGCCGAGGAGGCUUACGAGGAGCCCACAGUGCGCUUUGCUGAGGACGCCCUGCUGCCCAGGGAGGAUGGCGAGCGGGAGGAAGGGCAGCCUGAGGCGUCCUGGGCUCUGCCGAGCGGGCGGCAGCGCCUCAUCCGCAAGGACACGCCGCACUACAAGAAGCACUUCAAGGUGUCCAAGCUACCCCAGCCCGAGGCCGUGGCGGCCCUGCUGCAGGGGGUGCAGCCCGGCGGGGGGGGCCUGGCAGGGCCCGGCAGCUGGCACAACGGCCCCCACGCGCCCUGGGCCCCGCGGGCCGAGGAGGACGAGGACGAGGACGAGGACGAAGCUCGGGAGGCAGCGGCGGGCGAGGAGGAGGAGGAGCCCGCGGCCUCCGCGCCCUCCGUCAAGGGGGUGUCGUUUGACCAGGCCAAUAACCUGCUGAUAGAGCCCGCUCGCGUGGAGGAGGAAGAGCUGACGCUGACCAUCCUGCGGCAGACCGGAGGCUUGGGCAUCAGCAUCGCGGGUGGCAAAGGUUCCACUCCCUAUAAGGGGGAUGACGAGGGCAUCUUCAUCUCCCGCGUGUCCGAGGAGGGCCCGGCUGCCCGGGCUGGGGUGCGCGUGGGCGAUAAGCUCCUGGAGGUGAACGGCGUGGCCCUGCACACGGCCGAGCACCACCAGGCCGUGGAGGCGCUGCGGGGCGCCGGGGCCUCCGUGCAGAUGCGGCUGUGGCGGGAGCGCAUGGUGGAGCCCGAGAACGCCGUCACCGUCACACCGCUGCGGCCAGGGGACGACUACAGCCCCCGGGAGAGGCGGGCAGGCGCCCUGCGCCUGCCCCUGCUGCCCCCCGAGGCCCCAGGCCCAGGGCCCCUGCGCCAGCGCCAUGUGGCCUGCCUGGCGCGCAGCGACAAGGGGCUGGGCUUCAGCAUCGCCGGCGGGAGAGGCUCCACGCCCUACCGGGCCGGCCACGGGGGCAUCUUCAUCUCCCGCAUCGCGGAGGGCGGCGCUGCCCAGCGGGCCGGCACCCUGCAGGUCGGAGACCGCGUCCUCUCGAUCAACGGGGUGGACAUGACCGAGGCCCGGCACGACCACGCCGUCUCCCUGCUGACCGCUGCCUCCCCCACCAUUGCCUUGCUCCUGGAGCGGGAGACUGGGGGCACCCUGCCCCCCAGCCCCCCACCAGACUCGCCCUCAUCGCCAUCUGCUGCCACCACCUUCGUGGUUCCUGCCACCCUUGGGGACCCCGGGCCGCUGCGGCUAACCCCCAGCCUGCUGGCCGCUGCUUUGGAGGGGCCAUACCCCGUGGAGGAGAUCUGCCUGCCCAGGGCUGGGGGCCCACUGGGGCUCAGCGUGGUCGGGGGCUCCGAUCACUCCAGCCACCCAUUCGGCAUCCAGGAGCCCGGCGUGUUCAUCUCCAAGGUGCUGCCGCGAGGCCUGGCUGCACGCGGUGGCCUGAGGGUCGGGGACCGCAUCCUGGCGGUGAACGGGCAGGACGUGCGCGAGGCCACGCACCAGGACGCGGUCAGCGCCCUGCUCCGGCCCUGUUCGGAGCUGGUGCUGCUGGUGCGGCGGGACCCGCCCCCGCCCGGCCUGCGGGAGCUCUGCAUCCAGAAGGCCCCUGGGGAGAAGCUGGGCAUCAGUGUGCGAGGGGGCGCCAGGGGCCACGCGGGGAAUCCCUGUGACCCCACGGAUGAGGGCAUCUUCAUCUCCAAGGUGAGCCCCACGGGGGCCGCUGGGCGCGACGGCCGCCUGCAGGUGGGGUUGCGGCUGCUGGAGGUGAACCAGCAGAGCCUGUUAGGCCUGACGCACGGGGAGGCGGUGCAGCUGCUGCGGAGCGCAGGCGACACCCUGACCGUGCUGGUCUGCGAGGGCUUCGAGGCCCCCCCGGAGGUGUCGCCGGGCGUCAUCGCCAACCCCUUCGCGGCCGGUGCCGGCCGCAGGAACAGCUUGGACAGCAUCUCCUCCGUCGACCGGGAGAUGAGUCCCGAGGGCCUGGGCAAGGAGAAGGAGCUGCCUGGAUCCUCCCUGCCGACCCCGCCAUGGGGGCCGGAGGCCCCGGCCCCGCCUGGGACGCCUGGAGCGACGCUGGCCAGAGCCUCCUGCUCGCCCGGCCAGCAGCAGGUGAGCACCCACAAGAUGGUGUGGACAGUGCCGCCCCCCCGCCCCGUGACCUGGGACCCGGGGCACCACCAUGGAGCCUGUGACGGCUCACCCUGCCCUUGGGUGUGUGGGGUCCUCGGGGCCAGUUGCCUACCCCUCCCCGCUGCGGAGUGGGGUUCUGCUGCCGAGGCCAGGCCUGGGCCCACUGUCCGGACAAAACCGGGGGUGAUCCAGCCGCUGGCUCAGGCCUGGCCUAGGGGCCCCCCGGCCCCCGGGGGCAGAGGUGACCCCCGCACUCCCCCCUCCCCGCCCUCCCCCGACGCGCUGCCCACCAACGUGAAGCAGGCCUACCGCACCUUCGCCGCUGUGCCCGGCCCGGCCCUGCCCCUGCCCCAGGAUGGACCCGCGCAGACCGCCCUGCCCGGGCCCGCCGCCCCCCCGGAGCAGCUGUCCUUCCGCGAGCGGCAGAAGUACUUCGAGCUGGAGGUCCGGCUUCCCCAGGCCGAGGGCCCCCCCAAGCGCGUGUCCCUGGUGGGUGCUGAUGACUUGCGGAAGAUGCAGGAGGAGGAAGCCCGGAAGCUGCAGCAGAAGCGGGCGCAGCUGCUGAGCGAGGCGGCGGCCGAGGCGGGGCCCCCCCUCCGCGCGGUGGGGCCCCACGACGAGGAGGAGCCCGAGGAGGAGCUGCCCUGGGCCGGGUCGGGCCCCGCCUCUGGGCCCGGUCCGGUGUCCUCGCCACCCCCGGGGGGCAGCGCCCCGGUGCGGACGGCCAAGGCGGAGCGGCGCCACCAGGAGCGGCUGCGUGUCCAGAGCCCGGAGCUGCCGGCGCCCGAGCGGGCUCUGUCUCCGGCCGAGCGCCGCGCGCUAGAGGCCGAGAAGCGGGCGCUGUGGCGGGCAGCCAGGAUGAAGUCCCUGGAGCAGGACGCCCUCCGCGCCCAGAUGGUGCUGAGCAAGUCCCAGGAGGGCCGCAGCAAGCGUGGGCCCCUGGAGCGGCUGCCCGAGGCCCCCUCGCCUGCGCCCACCCCGUCGCCCACCCCCCUGGAAGACCUCGGCCCCCAGACCAGCACCUCCCGGGACGCCCCGCCCGGGAGGAAGCGCGCCUACCGGCUGCUGGCCGCCCUCCCCUCCUCCAGGCCCGUCUGUGGCGUGCAGUCCCCGGACUUUGUGGAAGAGCUGAGGUCCCUGGAUCCGUCCCCCAGCCCUGGUCCACAGGAGGAGGACGGAGAGGUGGCCAUGGUGCUUCUGGGCCGGCCGUCACCAGCUGCGAGGCCCGAGGAGGUGGCGCUGUGCAGCAGCCGCCGCCCCGUGCGCCCCGGCCGCCGCGGCCUGGGCCCCGUGCCCUCCUAG